AUGCCGUUGAUUGAGAAAGGCACGUUCAAUCCAAGGUACUUCUCGAAGUACUUCACCAAACACCUAGCUCUCGCCUGCGGCGUUGUGGCCGUAAGCACGUUCAACUAUGCCUUCGACCAGCAAGGCUUCAAUUCGACGCAGGCGAUGACGCCGUUUGACAAGCAAUUUGGUGCAUGGGACGAGGAGUCCGAGACUUAUGUGUUGCCGACGUAUUAUCUGAGUCUGCUAAACAGUCUUGUCUAUGUCGGCUUCGCGGCAGGCGCCUGGAUCGGCAGCAUCAUCAGCUCCCACUACGGUCGCCGCAUGACAUUCUUCUGCAUGUCUCUCUGGACUCUUGUCACGGCGACAAUCCUAGUCACCAGCGGCGUCUCCCUCAACAAACGGCAACUCCUCGUCGCCCGCGUGCUCAACUACAUCUACAUCGGCAUGGAGCUCUCGAAUGUCUCAGUGUACAUGUCGGAAGUGGUACCAGCACCGAUAAGAGGUUUGAUGGUUGGGUCGUACCAGUUGUCGCUCGGGAUCGGAGGGCUAAUCAUCAAUGGGAUCUGUCGUGGAACGUCGACGAUUCCGAAUAACAAUUCGUGGAUGAUUGCCUACUGGUUGUAUUAUGUUAUUCCGCCGUUUGUGGCGAGUGCGAUUUGGUUCAUUCCGGAGUCUUCCCGAUGGCUGCUCAUGCACGAUCGUCACGAAGAAGCUCUCCGCAACCUAACUCUACUCCGUGGUGAAGGUCACGAAAUAGCAGCAGAAGCAGAGCUGGAAUUGAUACGUGCAUCGCUCCUGGAAGAAUCCGACCAAGGCUCUUGGGCAGACAUCUUCAAAGGCCACAACUGCCGCAGAACCGGUGUCGUCGUCGGCGUCGCAUUUUUCUUCCAAGCCACAGGACAGGUCUUUAGCGGCCAUUAUGGUGCAGUCUUCGUUAAAUCCCUGGGCACUGUCAACCCAUGGGAGAUCACCGUCUCGCAAAGCGCCAUCAACACUGUGACCUCCCUCAUCGGCAUCUUGCUGCUCGAUCUGGUUGUUCGGCUCGCUCUGGUGCGGUUGUUCAUCGAUGAACAUGGGCGGGUUGGGUGUGCCGCAACCUACCUCGUACUCGGUCAGCCAGGGUAUCGUGGCGAUGAUGCUGUGUUUCAAAUUUAUGCCGAGACGCCGGCGUCACGAUUGCGGGAUAACACAGUGAGGCUGGGAGCCACUGUUAACAUCGUGACCAUCUUCGUCGUGUCCUUCACGCUUCCUUACCUCCUCGACAAGCCAGGCGCCAACCCACAAAGCAAAGUCGGCUUCAUCUACGGCGGUGUCUGCUUCGUGGCACUCAUCUGGGGAUACUUCUACCUGCCAGAGCUCUAG